CAAAAGGGAUCAACAUAAGCGAAGCACUAGAGCAUGCAGGUUGUGCCGUGAUGAUUUGGCAGGCGCCGUGCAGUUCAUUCGGACCCCCGACUUAAACCCACUUUGAGCCCCGACUCUGUUUCUUUCCUCGGUGCAUCUUCUCAUCAUGUCUGCCACUAGCGAAACCAACUUCCCGACCACCAUGUCCUCCACUAAUGAUGAGAACUGGUUGACCGACUCGCUGGUCUCCCGAUCGAUAGACCGUUCAGAGCAACCCACGUUAGCGCACAAGACACAGACGAGUGAUCAGAAGGAUGGCACAAGAACCCGCCACGACUACACGGUGGGCUGGGUCUCUGUGUUGGAAGAGGAGCAGGUCGCAGCAACAGCCAUGUUGUUUCAGAACCACCCCGACCUCCCGAAACCGCCAAAAUAAUCCUAAUGCCUAUGCGCUAGCAUUGACCAGAAGAAUUAUUUUGGUGACACGAUCUUGGCAGUG